CACCCCCAGGCUCACCUGAGUGCAGGUUAAGCAGGUGAAGUGUUCUCCCCGGAAACGGAGCUAGAGUGCCCCACCUGCCCGGCCCUGCCUGCUCAGAUCGGAUCCAGCACGUCCAGGCUUCCCCCUCCCCACCCAGGAACCAGCGGUGACAGCUGAGGCCAUGUGAGUUGGAUCCUGAAUGAGGCUUUAUCUCUAGCUAUUGGUCCCAUCAUCCACCGUGGCACCAGCUCCCUCCGCCAGCAGGGAUGGGACAGGCGACUGAGACGGCCGGAGCCAGAGAGCAGGUGACAGCAACUUCAGCCUGGACACUGAGGGGCAUGGGACUCUGGGCCUACUGCUGCCGAGCCAUGGUCCACAGCCCCUGACCCCUGACACUGACCUUCCACCCUAGGCCUGCCUGACCAAGGCAUGUCCGAACAAGUGGCUCAAGCCCCAGGGGCCCGGGGGCUGCCCCAAGAUGUGCUGGCAGAGCAAGUGGAGCUGUGGUGGUCCCAGCAGCCACGGCGCUCGGCGCUCUGCUUCGCUGUGGCCGUGGGCCUUGUGGCGGGCUGCGGGGCGGGCGGCGUGGUGCUGCUGUCCUCCACCAGCAGCCGCUCCGGCGAGUGGCGCCUGGCAGCGGGCACCGUGCUCUGCCUGCUGGCCCUGCUGGUGCUGGUGAAGCAGCUGAUGAGCUCGGCCAUACAGGACAUGAACUGCAUUCGCCAGCCCCACCACGUGGCCCUGCUGCGCAGUGGCGGGGGCGCCGAUGCCCUCGUGGUGCUGCUCAGUGGCCUCGUGCUGCUGGUCACCGGCCUGACCCUGGCUGGGCUGGCCGCCGCCCCUGCGCCUGCCCGGCCGCUGGCUGCCAUGCUGUCUGUGGGCAUUGCCCUGGCUGCCUUGGGCGCGCUCUUGCUGCUGGGCCUGCUGCUGUAUGAGGUGGGCGUGAGUGGAUACUGCCCCCUUGGCAGGGGUACCGCCCCCUCUGCCCACAACGGCCACAGCGGCCACGGCAGCAUCUUCAGCAUCUCAGGACAGCUGUCUGCUGGCCAGCGUCACGAGACCACGUCCAGCAUCGCCAACCUCAUCUGACAGGGCCACAGCCCCGCUUCCCACGCCUGCCUCGGUGUCCCCGCGGCCCAUGCUAGGGCGAAUGCAUGCAUGUGCACAGCCCAGGGCUGUGUCAGUCCUUCCGUGAGUUGUGUGAUGUGUGAUCGGGAGCCCAGGUGGCGCUGUCAGCCACAUGUCCGGGUUAGAGAAACGUCUGGGCUCCCUGAGGAUUCCUGUGCCCUUGCAAACCCAGCCCUGCCCUGUGACAGCUGCCAGGGCCUUCCCCAGCGGACUCUUGCCCACCCCAGAGGCUGCCCCCGGGGCUGCUCAUGGAGGAGUGACUGGGGCAGCGUGGAAAGGACACGGGGUCCAGAAGGGGGCAGACCUGGGGUUGGACUCCUCCCCGAGGCCUUACAGCGCGAGGAUUCAGGCAAGGGACCCUGGCUCUCGCGCCCACCCUCGUGUCUCGAGGCUCAUGGUCCAGGGCAUCAACUGUGGGAUUAAAUGCCUGUGGUCACAGCGAGGGCUGGUGGAUGGAUGGGGCUCAUGGCAGAUGUGCAAUAAAAUGACAAUAGCUGUUGUUGUCCUCAGCAUCUUGACCUCACCCCUGCCCCACGCUCCCCACCCCUGUCCAUGGUGCCUUGCAGGACUCCUGAGCCAGGCCUGGGCUUCUCCUCUGAGCAGCUGGGUGGGGAGGGCUGGAGGGAUGCUCAGCUCUGGGAUGGAGGUGGAGACCCGACUCCUUUGCCCUUGCCCUUGCCCUUGCCCGUUGCUGGUUCGGGGCUGGGUGAGAGCAGCUGGCUCCUCUGGAGACUGCACCUCCCUGGUCUCCUUUCCGCUGAGUCCCCGCUCUGAGCCAGAACAUGAUGUGCCUGUGUAGACGCUGCUCCCACUGGCCUGCUCCUGCGCUGCUGGGCACAGGAGAGCAGUGAAUCCCUCUGCGCUGGCAGUGUCCCCUGGGGAGCAAGAGGGCGUCCUCA